UGUGAUUUUGACACAACCUGAAAUACCGCCAAUUUGUUUGUUGCCGAAUUAAUUUUAUUUCGUUUGUGGUAUUAUUUACGUAAUUUGUAACUGUUUUCUCAAUUAGUUAUCAACAGACACUUUGUUUACUCCAAUGGUGCUGGUGUACUAUUAUUUGGAUCUUUCAUGAUUGGGAAUGUCCACUUCGUUUAAAACAGUGAUUGAUCCUGAAUCAAGUCUAGGGCAAAUUCUUAGUAAAACUAGUGGUAAAAAAACAGUAAAAACAAAGAAAAGAAAGUGUGUUCUUAAGUCAAAAGAAAACAUACUCAACCCACAGUGUCGUAGAGAACUCAAAAAAAGACUCAAAAAGUAUAAGUUGAGACGGGAUGGACAAGAGGACCAGGAAGUUCUUGAUGUCUCUCAAAUUCUAGUUACAGCACUAAAAAUAAAAUCACCAACCAGUAAUAUUAACAGUAAUGGUAAUGAUAAACUUGAUGAGAUAAUACCCAAAAAUUACUUAUUCAAAAUGGGAAGACGUAAGCAAAUUAUCAAAAAGAAAGACCUUGAUGAUUGUAGUAAAGCUGCUAUCACCAAUCACAUAGAUGACAAGAUUGAUGUGUUUAAUUUAAAAGAUUCAGAAAACAGUAAAAUAACAGAAGAACAUAAACAUGUGCAAAAUGAAGUUAAAGAGACAGGUGAUGAUGGUAACAUCAAAAGUAAAGACAAAAAACAAAAUGCAUUUCAAUUAAUGAUGGAGUCAAGGAACAAAAGCAUUGGUAGUAAUUCACCUGGCAAAGAUAAAGUUGUUGAUGAAUCUGAGCUUUUAGAAACAGUUGAAAGGAAAAGUAUCAAAGCCAAAAGAACAUUGUUAUUGCAAAAGAUGGCAGAAGCUAAAGGCUCACUUAAAAAAAAAGAGAUGGAAGAGUACCAAGAAAAAUGCAUCAAGAAAAAGAUGGAAAAAAGAGCAGAGAGAUUAAAGAAAAUGAUUACUACUAAAAAACCAGAACAGGAUGACAGUGAUGUUGAAAUUGUUACUGUUGAAAACGAAAUUCCUUCAAACAACAAUGUUAAAAAAGAAACUCCUACAAACAACAAAGUUAAAAAAGAAAUUCCUACAAACAACAAUGAUGUUUCAGCAUCUGGUAAAAAGACUUUAAAAUUAGUCAAUAUUUUUCAGGAUUCCAUACAGAAUGUAAAUGAUUCUAAAAGCAGGGUUAAGAAAAUCAAAGAAGAUAAUGAAUUCCUAAAAAAGUUAUCCCCUUCUCUUAAAAAGAAGGAAAAUAUGCUAUGCUAUUUCAAAAAAGUUGAAAAGGAACAAGAAUCAGAUGAUGUAUUUAGUUCUCAAAAUGUGGAUGAUGAAGAUGAUGAUGAUCCAGUUAUUAUCAAAGUUAAAAUGACACCUAGAUCAAAGAAAUCAAAAAAGAAAAAAUUAAGUCUGAAUAAAGAUGGGGUAAAACAGAAUGUGGUAAACGAAAAUGAUGAAAGUGCCUCAAAUAAAAUUUUAGUUAUUGAUGUAGCAUCUGAAGACAACUUGGCACUAGAAAAUAGUAAAGAUGUAGAUGAUUUAAAUGUAGCGCGGCCAAGACGUAAUGUUAAGAGACCUGCUAAGUAUAUUGAUGAUGUUAAAGCAUCCAGUUCUGAUGAAGAGAUACAUAUAUUUACUCCAAAAAAGAAGAAACAUGUUAAAAACAGCAAUAAUGUUGCUGAAACUAAAAUAGAAGUUAAGGUUCCAGAACCAUCCAGAGCAAGCUCAAGUAAAGAAGAAAAGAAAACGGCUAGUGAAAAAAAGAAUGUCAAAUUAAUCAAAGAGGACAAACAGAAGAAGCCUACUAAGUUAGCACCUAUUUUUGCUUCCAAACCACAGUUAGACGCAGCAGCCAUAGAGGCUAAACAAAGAUUUUUGAGUAGUGGGGUUCCUGAAAGACUUAAAAAAACAAUUGAAAAACAAAAAGAGCAAAAUAUAGGGCAUAAUAAUUUUCACACUGUUUUUCAUGUUCGGCAAAAAGAAUCUGCUUCUCCCGAAAAGAAACUUGAUUUUCGAUUUCAGCUUAGUGAUGUGGGAGAAGAUCAUGUAAAUAUAGUACCUAAAACUAAUUUCUUUAAAAAUAUUAUAUGUUCAAUCCAACCUGUAAUGAGAAAUGAAAGUCUACUAUUUGAGAAAAAUAAAAUCCAUGAUACAUUGCAAAAAAUUAAACUAAUGUAUCCAAGAUUUCCUGUUUAUCGUACAUAUCGUAUUUUAAGAGAUAAAAAUAGGGAAGAAUGCAGAGACUACAGCUAUCUUGAUUUGGACAACAGUAUAGAAGUAAUGAAUGGAUUGAUUGACUUUAACAAUGAAAGCCCAGAUAAACUUAAUUGGACUGAUAAAUAUAAAGCCUUUUCAAGUAAACAGCUCAUUGGAAAUUUUGAAUGUAUCAAGGAACUAAAAAAAUGGCUGGUGUCUUGGACUGAAAAUGAUGUAAAAUUUAAAAAGGCCAAUGGUGCAAAUUCUGACUCUUCAGAUUUUUACAAAUCAGAUACAGACAGUAAAGAUAGUAUACAAAGCACCAAUAACUUAUUAGUGCUGAAUGGACCUGUGGGAAGUGGAAAAACUUCAAUUGUGUAUGCUGUUGCUGCUGAACUAGCAAUAAAAGUACUAGAGGUUAAUGCUAGUAGUAAAAGGACAGGAAAAAUUAUGUUACAAGACUUACAGGAAGCAACACAAUCGCACAAAGUUAAUAGAGGCAAGAGCAGUCAGGAGAGUUCUCAAAAAUCCCAAGAAAUAGUAGCAAGUAAUGUAAAAGAAAAUAAGGUGAAAAAGCGUGGCAGACCAAAGAAAACUGCAGUUGUCGAAGUUGAAGCUACUUCAAAAAAGGCUCAACCUUUGUCUAAUACUGAGGCGCUUAGCCAACCUAAUAGCCAGGAUAGUAAUCGAACUUGCAUGUCUCUUAUUCUUAUAGAUGAUGCUGAUAUAGUAUUUGAGCAAGAUGAUGGAUUUUGUUCAGCCAUUGUGCAAUUAGUCCAUUGCUCUAAACGCCCUGUAAUAUUAAUCACGUCAUCAAUGAGUUGUCCACACUUGCAAAGAUUUUUACAGAUAGCCAAAAUUUUACAUACCAAACCAUUUAUGCCAAGAAUGUUGGGAACAUGGCUGGACAUACUGUGUCUAGCUGAUACUGGCAUGUGUUGGCCAGGAUUAGGCGCGAAGAUUUUAGACUAUUUCGAUGGAGACAUAAGAAAAUCGAUAAACUUCUUACAGUUUAACACAGUUAGAGAUUCAUCAAUUGAAAAAGAAAAUGCUUCUCAAAAUAGCGAAACAUAUAAAACUGAGCAGGAAGACGAAAAUUCAAGCAUGUCCUGGGCAGACCGUGAAAGUAAUGAGGAAAGAAUUGAGAAGUGUCAAGUUUCUAAUAUUAUAGAUGACAAUAUUUGGCAUUAUUUUAUGAAAGAGCAAGUAAAUUUAAUUGGUUUGGAACCACCUGUACAGUUGUUUUAUAUAUGGUGGAAUGUGCCAAGGCUUUUGAAUGCUUCUUCAAAUUGUAAUGUUUAUGAUGGGGGUGAAACAAAUGAAAGUCCUAUUGUAAAAAGCAAAAUCAAAUUAGGACUGGACGCAAUGUCAAAUGUUGCUGAUAUGAUAUCUUUAGCAGACUGUUAUAAACAUAAAGAUAUGGUAUUUUCUCUUACUACAGUUCCAUGGGCAAAUUUCGAAAGUCAUAGUGUCUCUGAACAAGAAAAUUUAGAUAAGUACGACAGAAACCAAGAGAUAAUGAACCAGAUUUCUCUAAGUCUUGUUAAGGGCAGUAUAAAGACAGCGCAAAAUGCAUUGGAUUUGGAACAUAAAACAAACAUAGACUUUCCAGGACUGUUAAUGAAAAGAGAGCGGGAUAAGGUUGCUUCGCGCCACAAUAGUAUUACAAGUUACUUGAAUCCAUCAUCAGCUUUAGAUCGGCGUGCGCUCGCGCUAGAUUAUUGGUCGAGUUGUCGAGCGAUAUGUCGAGUCGAAAAGUCAAGAACAGAUAGUAACUCCAAAAGGAAUAACCGGUUUUGUCAUUAUCUCAAAUCGGUAAACAUUUUGUCUAAAAGUCAAUCUUUCGAUAACUUAGGUGAUAGUUUAUCUUUUAGAGACUUGCAUGAAAAUGGUGUCGAUGGAAGAUAAAAUAGGUAUAAUUCCUUAUUAUCAAUGUUAUAAAAGGUUUUGGUUAUUAAU